AUGACUUCAGACCAUAUAGAAACAUAUCAUUUAGAUGAUGAGGUUGGUACAGAUUGUGAACAUAGUCUUGGUUCUGGUGGUGAAUACGAACCUUCAGAUGGUGGGGAGUAUGAUUCUGAUGAAAAGGAGGGCAUUAACAAUGAAAGGAGGAGGGUUGUAGAUGAUAGGUUGGAAAACUAUAAGGAGUUGAAGCUAGGUAUGUCAUUUAAGGACAUGAAUGAAGGCAGGAAGGCUGUAAAUUUCUAUGCUUUAGCUAACAAAAAGGCUUUGAAGUUGAUUAAAUGUGAAACAGUAAGAACCAGGUGGGGUUGUCAAGAAGGGUGUCUCUUUAGGUGUCUAAUUUCUGAAGAUGGGAAAACUGGUGGGUUCACGAUUAAAACUUGGAAGGAUAUACACACAUGUGAUGAUGCCUUUAAGAAUCCUAGAGCUGAUGCAACCACAUUAGCUCAAUAUUUUAAGAGUAAGGUCCAAAAUAACCCUAAAUACACGAUUAAAGAUAUGAGAGGUGAGCUUGAACAUUAUUUGAAGUUGAAUGUGAGUAGAUCCAAAUUGAAAAGGGCUAAGAAUUUGGUUCUUCAGAAACUAGAGGGUAGUUUUAUAGAUGACUACAACAAACUUGAGGCAUACUGUCAAGAACUUAGAUUGUCUAAUCCGGGAAGUGAUGUAGUCAUAAAUAUCUCCAAAGAUGCACUAGCAGAAGGUAAGAGAAAUUUUUUGAGAAUGUACUUAUGCUUUAAUGCUUUGAAGCAAGGCUGGAAAAAUGGUUUGAGACCAUUAAUUGGAGUAGAUGGUACAUUCUUAAAGGGUAGAACCAAGGGUCAGUUAUUGGUUGCAUUAGGACAAGAUUCCAUGAAUCAUUUCUACCCACUAGCAUGGGCUGUGGUGGACAAGGAAACAAGCAGCACAGUACUUCCUGAGGCUAACCACAGGUACUGUGUGAGACAUAUUGAGGCCAAUUGGUGCAAAAAAUGGAGAAGUGGUGAAAUGAGAAAGUUGUUAUGGUGGUGUGCAUGGAGUUCAUAUGAUGAGGAGUUUAAAGACCAAUUGAAAAAAUUAGGGGAUCUGUCAGAAGAUGCUGCAAAGGAUAUCUUAAAGUUAUGGGAUUUAUCUGGCAUUCCUUGCCCUCAUGCAAUAAAGGCAAUGAUGCAUAAGAGAGUAGAGCCUGGUGGUGAAAUCCAUUGGUGGUAUAGUAAAGAAGCAUACUUGCUAACAUAUAAGGAAAAGCUUCAGCCUGUUAGGGGUCGGCAGUUCUGGAAAGUUGAACCUUCACAAGCCAUGUUACCUCCUGAUACUGUGAAGCAAGUUGGCAGACCCAAAGUGAAAAGAAAUAGGGAACCAGAUGAGGCAAGAAAAAGGAUAGGGGAGUGGAGUCAAUCAAGGAAGGGUACACAAAUGACAUGUAGUAAUUGUGGUGAGCCAAACCACAAUGCAAGGGGUUGUUACAAGCCUAAGGCUGCUGCAACUCAAGAAGAUGCUGCAAUGGAGAGUGACAAUGAAGAUGCUGCAACUCAAGAAGAUGCUGCCACCUAA